GAUUCUUCGUAAAAUCUCGAGUGAAUAGCACGAGCGUUAACAUCCACUUAGUCGCCGCAUCAACGGCCGAAGAGAAGAAAAUAUCGCGUAAUUAAAUAUCCGCGUAGCCUCUAUUGCGCUUCGUCCUGCGGUGCGGGGACCUCUCGCUAUUUCUCUGCAUUUUCGAAAGCGAGUCGAACGUGCCGCGCGACAGGUCGCGUUAAGUGAGAAAGAUGAGGUCCGCACCCGUGGACGAAAGUAGAAUCUACAGUCGGAAAGGAAUCCACGAUCGGCGAGAGGGCGAAACUAUGUUGUUCGCUUUCUAAUAUACUUUGCCUCCUCUAUUUUCCUGACCUCGCGAGUCUCGCCCACACGUGAGAACGAGGUGUCGAACACUGGUACGCACUUACGUUUUCCUCUCCACCCGCUAAGUUUUUCACUUUUUUCCCUUAAUUCGACGCCCUUUGUCCUGUCUCACGACUACGGAGUGUUCGGAGUCGAAAGUUUUUAGCAAAAAUAGGAAUCGUUAUCCUGUUCUCGCUGGGGAAAUUGUUCGGUAAAAGCUUUCGUUACUCGAUGCGCUUUAAGUAUGACGAUAACAAGGUAGAGGGGGUUUUAAUAAGCCAGCCUCGGUGGCGGAGGUAGUUUUUGAAAAAUCGUUGCCAGACGCAGCCCGAGUAGAGAUUAAGUCGGUUCUUUCCCGGAGAUGGUGGUCCCUUCAACCCUGACAUUUAAUGAGUGAAAUAUGGAAAGCCCAAGAUCUUGCUUAGCAAUUUUGCAAUGCAGAUUAUGUAUCGAUUUCAAAGGGCAAGAUACUCCAGGGUUUCUCUAUAUCGUAACUUCGCGACGUUUCAUAAAUUUAACAAUUCGCAAGCUCUCUUCUGUCCAUAUUCAUAGUUCUCGCACUCUUGAAACACCAAUUAAACAAACGAGAAAAAAGGCUUUCCAAUUAAGACAAAAACAGCUCGUCUUUUCCAAAAAUGAAAAAGAGAACACAUCCCGCGCGCCUUAAUUAAGGGAACUUCAAUUAAAAUAGCUAGGAGAACCUUCCACAAGCUUCAGUCCAGCAAUUAACAUAACUUCUUUCCAACGUUCGUGUAUUCGCAAACGAACCGCGAACCCUUUUGCCCGGAACGUUUAGAAAAUAUGAAGAGGGAAGCUCCUCCGAAAGUUUUAGUCGCCAGCAGCCGAGACGAAACUCCGAAAAUAUCCUCCCCGCGUAUCUUUUCUCUCACCCCCUGAAAAACAUCGUCCUGGGCGACCUUUACCCUCGACACGCAGCCAAUUUCUGCGUCUCCUCCGUCUAGAUCCGAGGAGGAGGAGGGGGACGGUAAGAGUUGACAAGAAGAAACAGUCGCACGUGCGGGAAGAACGAAGGGAGAAAGAGAACCGAAGCAGACGAUGGUAGGGGUGGAAGCGAGGAUGGGGGUGGCGUUCGGUGUCCGCGCAGUUUCGAGCCUCCCCCGUCGGCGGUGAAGAGAAUCGGCAUUGGGGGUGGGUCGAGUUCGAAAUGACGGGGAACGGAUUUUCCCUCUAGUAGAACGCGCGACCUCAGUCCGGUAAGAUCGACGCCGCCCUCGCCCCCGAGACGACACCAGAAACGGUGAUAGAAAACCGACGAACGAACGAACGAACGCGACCACGAUUCCGCUUCGGGCUGUAACAGCUAGGCUUUCACAUCCUCUUCCUCGAUUGCCAAUAAAUAAUCCAACAUACGAAGGUCGUCGUACGGGUUCAUCAAAGAGGAAAAGGAAUCGACAUUCUCUGUUUUCCUCGUCGUAUCGUAAUUCUCUUGAUCUCUUAUAAAUAAUACGAAGUAUCCGAGAGGCUGGUGAAGACCGUUACGUGAAGAACAAAUUUAUUCACGUAUAAGAGUUUAGUAAGACCUAAGCAAACCGAGUCAUAUACGAAAAAGUAUAUAGUGGAAAAGCAGAAGAGGGGCUCUCGUUGUCACCCGAGAUGAGAAGAAAACGCAUGAAAAAGAUCGGGGAAGCAACGCGGCAAAGGGACGCGUAGGAUGCCGGAGUAGCUGGCGAUAGGGAAAAGGGAGACCGGGACAUCGACGAGGGGGAGACUCUCCCUGGACGGAAAUUUCGAUUGAAACAGAGACAUCCGAAUAAUCGAUUUUAUGUAGGGGAUCCUGCUGUAACUUCGCGGCGUCGCAUCGAUGGAAGUCGAAGAUGCCAGACAACGCAAACUGCCACGCGUCGCCCAUGAAAGAUAACGUCGUCGCCGGUCCGACAAAUCCGUAAAGGUGGGAACGAUGUUGGAACAACGGAUCAACGGUGAUGAGUGAGCGGAAACGAAGAUACGAGAACAAUUAGGAUGAAGUACGAAUGAAACGACGAGAUUCUACAACGUACUGUUAGAACUUUAUUGAAGCGAACGGUCGCCAUUUCCCGCUGGAAACAAUCGACCUUCAAUUCGACAGGAAUUAGGAACGGUCGAAAAGAUUGGAAACUUCCCGAAGUCAUUUCAAAAGGGAACAAAGCGAAUAACGUUUGCUGCUCGUGAUUCGUUUAAGUCGCGAUUCCGAAAAAGAGACUCCAAGAGCUAUACUCAAAGUUUCUCGCGUAGAAACUUCGUGGGGGACCCGUGGAGAGAGAAGGUUCAUUGAGAUCCGUAGCAACGGUCGGUCGAACAAUCGAACUUGCGAGCGAUACCGCUACGGGUGUCGACGAGCUUUCGGAACUUGAAAGGAAGUGGAGUGGCAGAGAAUGAGAACUCAGCGAAAGACGUUCCCGUUGAAUUGGACGAUCUGAACCGUGACGUCGCGACCGAAUCGACCAUCUGGACGUCUCCGAUGCAAUCGCCAACGCGACGAACACGACGUAUCUAGAAAGCAUUGUGCUCGGCAGCCAAUAUCAGCGGAUAUUCAGAAGGUUCGCGGACUAUUUCUCGAUGACGGGAGAAGGUUCGAACAGCGUUGCGAAGCGAGGCAGCCAUUAGGCAAAUGGAGUCGUCGCAUCGAAAGACGUAUUUCGUGUGUCCUCGAGCGGAAAGUCAAUUUUUGACCGGAUGACGUGGCUAAUACAACGUUGAAACGUGACCCACCGUGAGAUCAACUUGCGACUCGCGUGUAACGACUGUAGAUUUCUGACCGUAACGAGUAACGGCGAUUCAAAGAAGCCUGAAGGACGACUUUCGCCGACAGUGAAAUCCUGCUUCCUUGAAAUUCUCCAGGAUUUAUGUGACCGGGAAUCGCUCACAGUCCACCCACGAGAGUUACCGAAGACAAUAAGAAAUCGAAUUUCCGUGGCGCGGUUGCUAACCGGGUAGAAAAGUCUGAUUAAAAUUCACCUCCGAGAAUCUGCAUCGACUGCUCCAAUUACACGCCAAUAACUUAAGGGACUUGAACUCGCCUCGCGGUGAAAUUGAUAUUCAGGGCGGCGAACUUUGGCAACACUUUCGACGUUUUGUCACUCAGCCGAACGACCGACGUUAACGAUCUCACAGCUGAGAAUCUACUGGAACAAAUUUCCAAAUUCAGUGAACUCAGUUUCCUAUCUCCUAUCUAAAGAUCUCAGUACACGAGGACGCAGUUUAACGGACGUCGUUAAGAAUAUCUAAAUUCCACGACGUCUGUCGACUUAUCGAUCAUCAACAUAAACUGGAGGAUCAAGGAGGUCCUCUAUUACCUCGGGCAGCUGGGCCAGAGCCUGGAAACUCGGAAAGAGAGAGGGGACGACCCUCGUGAAGAGGAACCGAAGCAGCAGAAGUGCGGCAGUGGUAGUUUUCGUCAGCUAGUGCGACGGUUGAGUAUCAGUAGCGGAAUUGGACGCUACACGAUUGGUUCGUUCGGUGAGGGUGGGACGACUGGGCCUAGCGGUGGCGGAUCAGUGGACAGGGUCACCGGCGGUCUGGGCACGGAGUCCGUAAACGGUUGCCCGGUGGCGGGUCCUGUGGGUCCGAGCGGCACGGUGUCCGCAUCGACCGGCGUCGGCGGUCGUGCUGGUAUCUUAAGCCGGCGGUCGAGCCGCGACUUAAGCCCGUCGAAGUCGUUCGAGGGACAGGAUGCGCCCACCCACGGGGGCGGGGGUGGUGCCGGUGCCGGGAGCACAUCCGGUUCUGGCGCAACCGGUUCCGGACAGGAUUGGCGAAGGCUAAUGGGUAGCAUCAGACGGAAAGUACGCCGAAAGACAGGGCAGGCCAGCUCGAGCGAGGCUGCGCUGCACGAGACCAACCGCAAUCAGGAUGAUUUUCUCAAGGCCACCAUGAGAAUAUUCCUGGUGGUGUCGCCACCGAUGGGCCGCGUUCAGGUGCGUUCGAGGUCGUUGACCCAGUUGGACGCUCUGGGCAGCAGAAUGCUGGAUACGGGGGAACACCAUUUGGAGGGUGCUCCCUCGCCGCCGCAGCCUCAGCAUCUUCAUCAUCACUACCAACCUCAGCAGCUACUGCACCACCCCCAAAAUGUCGAAAGUAAUCCGCGUUUCCUUGUGCCGACCGCACCGUCGAUCGACAGUGCCCAUCAGAACCGUACCAGACACAAGCUUUCGCGGUCACAGGUAUCCAGCAGCGAGUAUUUCAGCGUCAGUUUCGACUUGUCCGAUGACUUCGGCGCCCUGGACCGUGAUGAGUUUCUGCCUGCUGCUAAGGGUGCUUCUUUGGCGGACGUGCUUAACGCGGCUUGCGAAAGACGGGGGAUCGAUAUGUCACGAAUCGAGGUGUUUGAUGGCUUCUCGACACCAUUGCCGAUCCUCACGACCGAUACCGCGAGCCUCGGUGGGAAGCACUUGCGAAUAACAGUUAAGGACAACGACAAAUCGAACUCGAAAUCGCCGAGCCAGAAGGGUAGCCAAUGUGUCGCACUGAGGAAAACAGGCGGGAGCUACCGAACUCGCAGCGGUCGUUUCUUUAGCGUUUCGACGGAGGACUCGAGCGUCGACUCCGAGGUCGGUAGCAGCAACACGCUUACGUCUGGCCGGAGCUCCGUUGGAGCUGCGGGGUUCAAGGCCAGCAAACAGCGUUGGAGCGGGUUCUUCAUGAAUACGAAAGGUACCAAGCUCGACUCGCUCACUGCACAGCUUGACGAAUACGAUAAACACGGCGUGCCGAAGCUAACGGACGGACAAUUACCUUACGAGCUCACCCUUAACGAGGACGGCUUGUACAAUCUCGAAGAGGACUGGCGUGAAAUCGUACAGAACUCGGAUCAAUUGCCAGAAAAGCAGCAGCAGCAGCAGACUGCUUUAUGGGAACUAGCCCAGACAGAAGUGGCUUAUAUUAAGACUCUAAAAGUCGUUACUGACCUCUUCAUGGCAUGCCUCUGCAGCCUGCAAUCCUCGAAUAUCCUGAACGAGGUCGACAGAACAAAACUGUUCAGCAACAUCCCUGAAAUCUACGCCGCGAACCGGUACUUCUGGACGGAGUACGUUCUAUCGAUGAUAAAUUCUUCGAGAACCACUAACCAACCCCUCGAUCCCGGUCAUCUUCUGCAAGGUUUCGAGACCUUCGAGCAAACGUUCGCGCCUUACACCAGAUAUUGCUCGGAGCAGAGCAAAUGCCAACAAUACUGCAGGGACCGACUUAACGAUAAUCAACUCUUCACGGUCUAUCUGGUGUGGUGCGAAACUCAGAAAGAUUGCAACCGAUUGAAAUUGCUCGACAUAUUGGUGAAACCUAUGCAGAGACUGACAAAAUAUUCGCUCCUCUUGAAGGCUAUUCACAAGAACACGGAGAACGAAGAGCAGCGAGCGGAAUUGACACACAUGAUCAAAUCCGUGGACGACUUUGUAGCUUCGGUAAACGCUGCUUUAAGGAGGAGCGAAGAGACGGCACGGUUAGCCAGCGCCGCGUGUCGAAUAGAGAAUUACGACGUGGUCGAGUCUAAGGACGAAGAAUUAGAGAAACUAAUUAGGCAUUACAGCACGUUCGACAUUACCACGGUUCCGAUACCGGGUUGUCCCAGGGACACGCUCAGAGUACUCCUUCGCGAAGGAGAUCUGAAGUUGAGAGACGCUGCCAGUAGUAAAACGGAGGUCCACGUACUAUUAUUAACGGACAUGCUAUUGAUUUGUAAACCGUCGACCAAGAAAGCCUCGUCCAGUGGUUCGGCUGGCACACUUGGCGGAGGUCUGAAGAUAAUAAGACAACCGUACGUAAUCGAUCGAAUUCGAAUACACGAAUUGAAGGAAUCAACCAGUUUGGGUUUGAUUUAUCUGAACGAAUACGGAGCGGUGUCAGGUGCUUUAGUUCUUAGCGCUGGUGAAUCAAAAUUAGCCAAGUCUUGGAUAGAAUCGAUAAAGAAAGCUCAGCAACAAUUCGCGUUAAUGAAAGUGCCACCGCUUGGUAGCACCAUGAACUUGAGUACGGUCAGUAGACAGCCGAGCACUUUCCUCAGUGACGUUGAAUACGAGCAGGAAGAAUACGAGGGCAUUGUGAAAACACCUCGAGGAAGCAGUAGAGCAUCGAGAGUAAGCAGUCUCGCGCACAGUAACAGUGGGAGCAUAGAGAUGGAAGGCGUCUCGCCGGGAAACAGUACCUUCCUGCCUAGUUACAAUGCGAGCAGAAAUGUAAGCGUUGAAACAAGCGAACCACCCCGAGCUUCGAGCGUAUCGUCGGAAGAAGGGGGUGAGAGUUCAGGACACAAUCACAGACCUUUACAAAUAAGUCCUAACAAAUUUGAUAAUAGACGAUAUCUGAUGAGUAAGUCACCGACGCCUAACACGCUGAGCGUUCAAGUGCCGGCAUACUCUAGUUUGGGCCAAUCGCUGCCAAACUUGACCCUAGCCACCUCGCCACAAACUUCGACCGUUUCUCCGACACCGCCAAAUUCGCUUCUAAUUGUACCCCAAAUAACAAAGAGCAAGGACACGUUGCUUUCACCAGGGCACCGAGGUAGUAUCUCGUACCCACCACCGUCGCCCCCGAGAGGGGCACUGAGAAGAGCGUUUGCUAUUCCUCAGUCACGAAACCCACCUCUCGUUAAAACGAGACACAUAAGCACGUCUGUGACGCAAACGAUACAGCCUGCGAUGACUCUAGACACGGAUGCGAUCGAAGAGAGACGAAGAAGGUUGGAACCUUCGCACAGGAUGCCAUCGACUAGUAGCAUCGCGGAGGAAAAGAAAUGACGAGAGCUAACAUACAAGAGUAACCUGCCGAAACGAUAAAUUGCUACGGACCAUUUGUAUUUGAUGAGGGCGUACGGAUACAGCAUUUUGAGAAGAAAAGAAUGUAGAUUUCUGUUAUCUGUAUAAAAGUGCUGCACACACUUUCAUUCAGAUUCAGAAAAUGGUUUGGCAAAUACGUGAAAGGAUUCAACUUGAGUAAACGUCUCGUACUCCCUGUGCCUACGACACAACUCAAGCAAUUUUACAAUCGAUUGGGGCCAUUCGAAAUCAACGUGAAGUUUGUACCACGACCGUAUCGUCGUAACUAAUUUGAAUUCUAGCCGUGUAACUCCUAGAUCUCAUUUUGUAAUUAAUUCUUGGCACGGCGCUGGCUGACACGGCCAAGUUUAUCAAAUAUUAUUCUAGAUCAUUCAACUUUCUAAGCGACAAACAGAACAAAAAAGAAAGAGGCCUACUUAGUGUAAUCAAUAUCACGACUAUUUAUUGUGAUUUAAAUUUAGAUGACUACAAUAGUUGGAUAUAAAAUGCCUCUAGAGAAGCAAUUUUAAACGCGUUCAAAAUUCGUGAUAAUAAAUGACGUAAAAAAAAUAAAGAUACGAACAUUUAGAAGCGAAAAUUCACGCGUAGGGUAAACUCACACUUUAUGUAGAAAAAACAAAAAAUUUGAGAGUAAAUACGCUGUCCCUCGUAUAAACUUCGAUAAAAUAUACGAUUUACGAGUGUGGGAGAAAAAGCGUGACAUAAAAAAAGACACAUUUACUCUAAGUACAAAUUCGACUUCAUAAUAUUUUGUUCAUGAGACUGAACUGGAUAGACGGACUAUUCGAUGAAGACGUCACCUAACUAGAGACAACACACACACACACACACAUACACAGAAAGAAAACGAGAGCAAUGAUUUUAUACGAGCUCCUUUGCGUAAGGUUUCUUUCAACUCCCUUCCCUCAUCCCCCCAAAAAAUGUAUGCAGCUUGCAUUAAGCUUGAAAUGUUAAAUUACGAUUAAACAAGUAUUGAUUGUGCAUGUAUGUACGAUCGUUCACGAUUAAGCGACAAAAUAUAGUAUGUAAAUAAUUUAUUAA